UGGCCAUGAAAUUUCCCAAUUAUUAACAGUCUACAACAGUUUGUACAAAUUGAAUAUUUUUAUACAACUUUUUCAUUAAACACACGAAAUUCAAAAUGUCAGCGACUGUCCAGGAAAAUGUGAAGAGUGAAAUCUCUGCUCAGAAUAUGAGUUCAGCAGUGAAGCAGGCGCCAAGUUCCUUUGGCUUGGCACGCACAUCUGAUCUGCCUGACAAAAAGGAGGAUGCCGAACAUUCUAUGCCACCAAAGAAAUCUAUGCCUCCGAAGAAAUCAAUGCCACCUAAAAAGACUGCCAAGAAAGAAUUGCCUAAGGCAAACAGCUUUCAGUUGGAUGAAGUUCUGCAGGAGCAGCCAAGCGAUGAUGGCAGCGAUUAUUUGCUGGAUGAAGAGGACGUAAUGACACCCAAAGAAAAGGAAACUUUUCGGCAAUUUCAAUACGAUAGCUUAGUGCAGCAAUCUAAUGUGGCACCUGAGCCACAGCAGCCAGAGCCUCCUUAUGUACCCUAUCCUGAUAAGGUGCUCAUCAUUGUCUGCAUUCUGGCACUUGUCCUCAGUAUUGGUCUCAUUAUUAUCGAUGCCAACUAUUUUCCAAUUUUCUAACAAAUGAGUGGCUGUCAAUCAAACGGUUAUUUCUUGUGGUCUAAAUUUGAGUUAUAAUUAUAUAUGGGAUGUCAAUAAAAAAACAGU